AUGGCGCCUCUCCUCGCCACUGCGGUUGCUACGUACAAGCAAAAGAGGUUCGACGCUGCGGCGCUCGAAGCCAUGAAAGCACACGACGCACGAAUCCAAAUCGUACCGGUGGAGGCGAAGCUCAACGCCAACGACAUGGCAAUCCUUACCAAGAACCCUCGUCAAUUCGAUUUCAGCCUCUGGCACGGACUACCGCAAUCCUGGAUCGAUGAGUGCUUUGGAGACGAUCUCGGCAAACGACUCGUUAAGAUCAAGCUGAUCAAAUUAGAGUCCCGCCCAGUCGAGCAGCCUCCGGUCGCGAAACACUCGGACUUGGAUCUUCAGAUAGCGGAAGCAGCUGGCUUCCACCGAGCCAUCAACAUAUGGAACGACUCACAUUCAUGGACACCCCUUUACAUACAACAACAACUGCGCGAUCAGGCCACCGAAUUGGGCAAGAUUCUUUCCGACUACAACAUUGACGAGCCGAGUACCCUCCCCGGCAAGUUCAAGCACGGUAGCGCAGCGUAUUGCCCGUAUCAACUUCGUCUGGAAGAUCGCCAGGCAGCGAAUGCGUUACUGGCGUCAAGCUACUUUGAUGUGUACAUGGGCAUGAGGGACUAG